UUCUCCGUUGCAUACAACAACAAUUGUGGAGAAAUGUACUCUUAAGCUGGUUGAUGAUUACAAGCACAUGCUAUGCCAAGCUACAGAACCCUUGUCAACCUUCUUAGAGUAUAUCACAUAUGGUCACAUGAUAGACAAUGUUGUUUUGAUUGUUACUGGCACCUUGCAUGAGAGAGAUGUCCAAGAACUUCUAGAAAAAUGCCAUCCACUGGGCAUGUUUGACAGUAUUGCCACUUUGGCUGUAGCUCAGAAUAUGAGGGAGCUUUACAGGCUGGUUCUUGUUGACACUCCUCUGGCUCCAUACUUCUCUGAGUGCAUUACAUCAGAGGACUUGGAUGACAUGAACAUUGAAAUAAUGAGGAACACUCUUUACAAGGCAUACCUUGAAGAUUUUUACAGAUUUUGUCAGAAACUUGGUGGUGCUACUGCCGAGAUAAUGUCUGACCUUCUGGCUUUUGAGGCCGAUAGAAGGGCUGUGAAUAUUACCAUAAACAGCAUUGGAACUGAGCUUACCAGAGAUGACCGUAGGAAGUUGUACUCUAACUUCGGUUUGUUCUAUCCAUAUGGUCAUGAGGAGCUUGCUGUCUGUGAGGACAUUGAUCAGGUUCGUGCUGUUAUGGAAAAAUACCCUCCUUAUCAAUCUAUCUUUGCGAAGUUAUCGUAUGGGGAGAGCCAGAUGCUUGACAAGGCAUUCUAUGAGGAGGAAGUCAAGAGGCAUUGCUUAGCAUUUGAGCAACAGUUUCACUAUGCUGUUUUCUUCGCAUAUAUGAGGUUAAGGGAGCAGGAGAUAAGAAAUCUUAUGUGGAUUUCAGAAUGUGUGGCUCAGAAUCAAAAGUCGAGACUUCAUGACAGUGUUGUCUUUAUAUUUUAGUCUGAUUACUCAUUGUUAUAGCUUGUAUGUUCAUUUGGACUAAUUGUUGUGUCUGCAUUCUACACCCAAGUUGCCGAUCAUUAGAGACUAGAGAAGAUUGUGAUACAAAUAAGUAAAAUCUUCUGUAAUAUAGAUGGGAGAUCUUUUGUCAAAUUUGAUUAAAUUAUGUUCAGAUUUAAAAACACUUAUAUUGAAUUUGUAUGUUGUGAAUUGUGAUAAUAAAUUUUCUUAUGAAAUAAACUUUGAUAGAUUUGUUCA